GUGCGGCAUACCACCAUGAUGAAGCCCGACGAGAUGCUGACUGUGGAGAACUUUAUCAACGGCAAGUUCGAGGCCCACUCGGAGACCAUCGAGAACGUGGACCCGUCCACGGGGCAGGUGUACUCGCGCAUCCCGAACAGCGGGUCCCGGGAAGUGGACAAGGCAGUGCAGGCCGCCACGAUGGCCUUCACCACGUGGUCCGUCAAGUCGCCGGCGGAGCGGUCCAAGUUCCUCAUUCGAAUCGCGGACCUGAUCGAGAGCCGGAUGGACGAGUUCUCGCAGGCCGAGUCCCGCGACCAAGGCAAGCCCGUCUGGCUCGCACGCACCGUGGACAUCCCCAGGGCCGUGCACAACUUCAGGCACUUCGCCACCACGGCCCAGUGCGACAGGGAGAUGGCGAUCCCCCAGCAGACGUCCAACGUGCUGCACUACACCGUGCGCUCACCCGUGGGCGUGGUGGCCGUCAUCACCCCCUGGAACCUUCCGCUGUACCUGCUCACCUUCAAGCUGGCCCCGGCCAUGGUGUACGGGAACACGGUGGUGGCCAAGCCCAGCGAACUCACCUCCGUCACCGCCUGGCUACUCGCCAAGGUCUUCGCCGACGCAGGGCUUCCACCGGGCGUGGUGAACUUUGUGUUCGGCUUCGGCCAGAUCGUGGGCGACGCGAUGGUGCGCCACCCGCACACGAAGGCCAUCUCGUUCACGGGAAGCACCAAGACCGGCACCACCAUCGCCCAGAUGUCGGCGCCGUACGCCAAGAAGCUGUCCCUCGAGAUGGGGGGCAAAAACGCGGCUGUUGUGUUCGACGACGCCGAUCUCAAGAAGUGUGUUGCCACCCUGAUCAAGGCCAGCUUCCUGAACCAGGGCGAGAUCUGCCUGUGUACAAGUCGAAUCUUCAUUCACAAGAAGAUCUACCAGAAGUUCACCGACGCCUUCGUUCAAGAGGCCAAGAAGCUGAAGGUGGGUCCUCCCCAGAGCGAGUCGGUGUUCAUGGGCGCCCUGGUAAGCAAGGAACACCUCGAGAAGGUCAGGUUCUACAUCAAGCUGGCCAUGGAGGACGGCGGCAAGGUGCUCUGCGGAGGACUGCGAGAGGAACCAGACCUGCCCAAGGAGAACAAGAGCGGCUACUUUUUGCUGCCGACGGUGAUCGUGGACCUGCCGCAGACGUCGCGUUGCAUGCAAGAGGAGAUCUUCGGCCCAGUCACGUGCCUGGCGCCCUUUGAGAGCGAGCUGGAAGUGGUCGAAAAGGUGAACGGCGUCUGCUACGGACUCUGCGCGAGCAUCUGGUCCAAGGACGUCAGCCGCAUCCACAAGUUGGCCCAACGGCUCGAGGUUGGUACAGUCUGGUGCAACUGCUGGAUGGUCCGCCACCUGCACAUGCCAUUCGGGGGCAUGAAGAUGUCCGGCCUGGGUCGCGAAGGCACCGAUGCUUCCAAGGAGUUCUACACGGAGGUCAAGUCCAUCUGCCUCGACUACAGUUGAAAACUGGACUCCUUUCGUCCACUGCAAGCCUGCCAGCAGAGCAAACUCCUCCUCCCUAACCCCAGCCGGGCCAACCCCCCAAUAAAUGCAGCUACACAUCCGUUA